AUGGCGGCAGUAUAUGCGUCCUUGAAGAUCCCAAAGACCUCAAUUCAAAAAAUUUUACAUGAAGAAUUAGGAGUAAGAAAAUUAGUUUCUCGUUGGAUACCCCACCUGUUGACUGAAGAGCAGAAAGCAGCCGGGGUGGUAGGUGAUGAAUCGUGGAUUUACUGUUAUGAACCAGAAAAUAAACGACAGUCGGCUGUUUGGGUGUUCCAAGGUGAAGAAAAGCCAACAAAAGCCAUCCGUUCUCGAAGUGUUUCGAAAAAGAUGGUCGCGACAUGUGUGUCAAAAGCGGGUCACAUUGCAACAGUUCCUCUUAAUGAGCAAAGAACUGUUACUGCGGAUUGGUAUACCACCAUUUGUUUGCCAAAAGUCGUCACCGAGCUUCGAAAAAUCAACCCCGAAAGAAGAAUCAUCGUCCACCAAGACAAUGCAAACUCGCACACAGCCCAAAAAACAAGGCAGUAUUUAACGAAAGAAAACGUGGAAUUAUUGGACCAUCCUCCAUAUAGUCCCGAUCUAAGUCCUAACGAUUUCUUUACUUUCUCGAAAAUUAAAAACAGACUGCGUGGUCAAAGGUUCCAGUCACCAGAAGAAGCAGUUGACGCAUUCAAAAAUACCGUUUUGGAUCUGCCAGCAAACGAGUGGAAUAAGUGCUUCGAAAAUUGGUUCGAGCGCAUGCAGAUAUUCAUAUAUGAACAAGUCAUUGAAUAA